AUGGACUCCCGAAAUUCCGCCACGAAGAACGGCAGUGUGGACGCCGAAAACCUCGACCUGAGCCUCGACACUGGCGACGAAAUGAAAUUAGACGAGGUAAACUACGAGAGCGACGUGUCCUCCUCGAGCUCCGCCAGCUCCACGGCGCCCACCAUCAGCUCGGCCAGCUCCGAUUCCUCGGGGAAGGCGCGCCGCUCCCGGCGCAAGGGGGCCCGCUCGAAGGACAAGAGCGUCUCGCCAUCGAAGGAGAAAGACAACAAAAUCAAAUCCUACGACUAUAUCACCAAGAUAAAUUACUUCUUCCGCGACGCCAGGUUCUUCGUCAUCAAAUCGAACAACUCGGAGAACAUAAUACUGUCCAAAGCCAAAGGCGUGUGGUCGACGUUACCGCAGAACGAGGCCAAUUUAAACAAAGCCUUCAGAGAGUCUAGGAACGUCCUGCUCGUAUUCUCUGUGAAAGAAAGCGGAAAAUUCGCCGGGUUCGCCCGCUUGCACGGCGAAUCGAGACACGACGGAUCUCCAAUAUCCUGGGUCCUACCCCCGGGAUUAUCGGCCAAAGCGCUCGGAGGCGUCUUCAAAGUCGACUGGAUUUGCCGCAAGGAAUUACCAUUCGCCAACACUAUGCAUUUGUACAACCCGUGGAACGACGGCAAACCCGUCAAAAUCGGCCGGGACGGCCAGGAAAUCGAACCCAGAGUGGCCGAAGAGCUCUGUCGCCUCUUCCCCGAAGACGACGGCAUCGAAUUACUGCCGAUCCUGAAACAAGCCAAGGAAGCCUCGAAGAAGACCACUUUACGCAGCCGAGACGGCCACCGGCACCCCAAGAGCCGCAUGCCCAUCGCAGCCCGGCCUUCCAGCUUCAACUUCCGCGGCAGGGGCUCGUCGUACUCCAGACGGAAAUACUUCCUGUCCAGGGGGCUGAAUACCAGGCGAUCGGCCUCGCCUCGGGCCAGGGAUCGGUUCUCGUUGUUCUACGAAAACCGGCCUUACACGGCGGCCGCGGCGGAGGCCUACGUGGCCGAUUACAUGCGGACUAUGCAGCACCAGUUACCGCCGUUGCCGUACGUUGCGCCGCCGGGGCUCUACGGAUCGUCGGGUUUCGAUAACCUGCCGCCUCCGAGGUAUUACGACGGGCUGCCCGUUCCUGAGUACGCUUCGGCCAGGCUGGGGUCGUAUUCGGAGAAGCGCUCGUACGAUAGAUCGGUGGAGGAGUUUAUAUGGAGGACGAGGGACCGUUCGAGGGACAGAGAUCGGGAGAGGGAAUCGAGAGACAGGCACAGGGAUAGGGAGAGGAGCAGGAGCAGGCACCGGUACAGGGGCAGGAGAUGA